CGUUUGUGUAACCGUGUAGUGUGGUCCCCCUCGCUCGCUGUAGUAUUGAUGUGGCCAAGUCAGUCAGGUUCCACGUCACUCGGAAGGAUCGGAAUCUCUCCAGACACGGAUGCGCAUACAGAAGAGACAGACCUGAGACCUAUUUGAAAGGAAACCUCAUAGGCAUUCUGUCUGAGUGGAGUCUCGUGAAGGGAAGAAGAGCUGACAUCAUGACAGCCGCGGAGAAUGUGUGUUACACCCUCAUCAAUGUCACCAAUGACUCUGAACCACCAUCGGAAGUCAGCUUAAAAACUGAUUUAGAAAAGGGAGAAAUCAAAGCCAAGACAGAGGCUUUGAAGAAGGUCAUCAUCAUGAUCCUGAAUGGAGAGAAACUGCCAGGCCUGUUAAUGACCAUCAUCCGGUUUGUGCUGCCUCUGCAGGACCACACAAUUAAGAAACUACUCCUAGUUUUUUGGGAGAUUGUUCCCAAAACUACUCCUGAUGGCAAACUUCUUCAGGAGAUGAUCUUGGUCUGUGAUGCCUACAGGAAGGAUCUCCAGCAUCCCAAUGAGUUCAUCCGUGGCUCUACCCUGCGCUUCCUGUGCAAGCUGAAAGAAUCUGAGCUGCUGGAGCCCCUUAUGCCAGCGAUCCGCGCCUGUCUGGAACACCGUCACAGCUACGUACGACGCAAUGCAGUCCUGGCCAUCUACACUAUCUACAGGAACUUUGAGCAUUUGAUCCCAGAUGCUCCUGAGCUGAUUCAUGAUUUUCUUGUAAAUGAGAAAGAUGCAAGCUGCAAGAGAAAUGCUUUUAUGAUGCUGAUUCAUGCAGAUCAGGAUAGAGCUCUGGACUACCUAAGCACAUGUAUUGAUCAGGUGCAUACUUUCGGAGACAUUCUACAGCUCGUCAUUGUGGAACUAAUUUAUAAGGUCUGCCAUGCCAACCCCUCAGAGAGAGCUCGUUUCAUCCGUUGUAUAUACAACCUGCUGCAGUCAUCCAGUCCUGCUGUAAAAUAUGAAGCAGCUGGAACUCUGGUUACUCUGUCCAGUGCUCCCACCGCCAUCAAGGCUGCUGCUCAGUGCUACAUUGAUCUGAUCAUUAAAGAGAGCGACAACAACGUGAAACUCAUUGUUCUGGACCGGCUGAUUGAGCUGAAGGAACACCCCACACAUGAGCGUGUGCUGCAGGACCUUGUGAUGGAUAUUCUGAGGGUUUUGACAACUCCCGAUCUUGAGGUCCGCAAGAAGACCCUACAGCUGGCCUUGGACUUGGUGUCAUCCCGCAAUGUAGAGGAGCUGGUUAUAGUGUUAAAGAAAGAAGUCAUCAAAACCAACAACGUGACAGAGCAUGAAGACACAGACAAGUACAGGCAGCUGCUUGUUCGCACUCUCCACUCGUGUAGUGUGCGCUUCCCUGACAUGGCAGCCAAUGUCAUCCCUGUGCUGAUGGAGUUCCUGAGUGACACUAAUGAGGCGGCCGCAGCCGAUGUGCUGGAGUUUGUGCGAGAGGCGAUUCAGAGGUUUGACAACCUUAGACCUCUCAUCAUUGAGAAGAUGCUGGAGGUUUUCCAUGCCAUAAAGACGGUCAAGAUUUACAGAGGAGCUCUGUGGAUUUUGGGUGAAUACUGCAGCACUAAAGAGGACAUCCAGAGUGUCAUGACAGAAGUCCGUAGAUCUUUGGGAGAGAUACCAAUCGUGGAGAAUGAAUUGAAGAAGGAGUCUGGAGAAGUGAAACCUGAGGAGGAGAUGACUGCAACUCCAGCUCCUAAGCUGGUGACAGAAAUGGGCACCUACGUCACUCAGAGUGCCCUGAGUAGCAGCAGGCCAUCCAAGAAAGAAGAGGACAGGCCUCCUCUAAGGGGUUUCCUGAUGGAUGGAGACUUUUACGUUGCUGCCUCAUUGGCCACCACCCUCACCAAAGUGGCCCUGCGCUAUGUUGCCCUUGCCGAGGACAAAAAAAGACAAAAUUCCUUUGUGGCAGAGGCCAUGCUGUUCAUGGCCACUGUGCUCCAUCUGGGCAAGUCGUCUCUACCCAAGAAGCCCAUCACCGAUGAUGACGUGGAACGGAUCUCGCUGUGCCUUAAAGUCCUGUCCGAAUGCUCGCCCCUCAUGAACGACAUCUUUAAUAAAGAGUGCCGCAGAUCCCUGUCCCAUAUGCUCACUGUCAGACUGGAGGAAGAGAAACUGUCUCAGAAGAAAGAGUCUGAGAAGCGUAACGUGACUGUUCAGGCGGAUGAUCCGAUCUCCUUCAUGCAGCUGACCGCUAAGAGCGAGAUGGCGUCCAAAGAAGAUCAGUUCCAACUCAGUCUGCUGGCCGCGAUGGGCAAUACUCAGAGGAAAGAAGCCGCAGACCCUCUGGCUUCUAAACUUAAUAAGGUCACCCAAUUGACUGGUUUCUCAGAUCCAGUGUACGCAGAAGCUUAUGUACAUGUCAAUCAGUAUGACAUCGUCCUGGAUGUCCUGGUUGUUAACCAGACUAGCGACACCCUACAGAACUGUACCUUGGAGCUGGCAACACUUGGUGAUCUUAAAUUGGUUGAGAAACCAUCUCCUCUCACAUUGGCUCCUCACGACUUUGCCAACAUCAAAGCUAAUGUGAAAGUGGCCUCCACAGAGAAUGGCAUCAUAUUUGGAAACAUAGUGUAUGAUGUAUCAGGAGCAGCCAGUGACAGAAAUUGCGUAGUUCUCAGCGACAUUCACAUUGACAUCAUGGACUACAUUCAGCCGGCCUCCUGCACAGAUGCUGAGUUUAGACAGAUGUGGGCUGAAUUUGAGUGGGAAAAUAAGGUUACCGUCAACACCAACAUCACAGAUCUGACCGAGUAUCUCCAACACAUUCUUGGGUCCACCAACAUGAAGUGCUUGACCCCAGAGAAGGCCCUGUCCGGUAUCUGUGGCUUCAUGGCAGCAAAUCUGUAUGCUCGCUCUAUAUUUGGAGAGGAUGCCCUUGCAAACGUAAGCAUCGAAAAGCCAAUCCACAUGGGACCUGAUGCCCCAGUCAAUGGACAUAUUCGCAUCCGAGCCAAAAGCCAGGGUAUGGCUUUGAGUCUGGGUGACAAGAUCAACCUCUCUCAGAAAAAGUCUCACUCAUAAAUUCCAACGACUGAGGCCAUCGAGCCAAAGGGCGAGAUUCGACUAAAAAGCGUUACCGUUAUCCUACGUCUUGUCUUUUUUUCCCUAUCGCUUGUUUGUGUCCCUCCAGACUGCCGUACACAUGCAGUGCUUUGUGGCCAAGCUCUAAGCUCUUCAAUCCCAUAAAAUAUGUCUAAAGGGGAUUAUUUUGACAUUUUCUACCAACACGAUUCUUAACUGCUCUAAAAGGGAUUGACCCUGUUCAUCUGUAAUCAUGUUUCAAUAAACAUUGCACACCAUA